AUGUCGAUCCCGAUGAUAGCAACGUCCUCGUACACCGCCACGUAUAUAAUGCACGGCCAUGCUCAGAACAAUUCCAUCGCAAACAUGGCAGCUGCACUGCACGCCCUCCGCCCAUCACUACUGCUGCUAGUGAGUAGCUCAUGGCUCCUCUGCUCUCUCCUGCUCGCUCCGGCAGCCGCCGCCGGGCGGACGUCGUACAUUGUCCACAUGGACAAGUCCGCCAUGCCGACGGCGCACUCCGACCACCAUGAAUGGUACUCCACCGUGCUGUCGUCUGUAGCAGCGGCAGCCGAUUCAACAGACGGCGCACGUGGUGAACAGCCGCGGCUCGUCUACACCUACGAUGAGGCGCUCCACGGCUUCGCGGCCACCCUCUCGGCCGCCGAGCUCCGCGCGCUCAGCCGCGCGCCCGGCUUCGUGUCCGCCUACCCUGAUCACCACACCCACGUCCGGCGCCACGACACCACGCACUCUACGGAGUUCCUCGGCCUCAGCCCGCUCGGUGGGCUGUUGCCGGCGGCCAAUUUCGGCGAGGGCGUCAUCAUCGGCAUGAUCGACACCGGGGUGUGGCCAGAGAGCGCGAGCUUCGACGACGCCGGCAUGGACCCCGUGCCGUCCCGAUGGCGCGGCGCCUGCGUGCCGGGCGUGGAGUUCCCCGCCUCCCUGUGCAACCGGAAGCUCAUCGGGGCGCGCUACUUCAACAAGGGUAUUAUUGCUGCGAACCCCGGCGUAGUCCUCAGCAUGAACUCGACGCGCGACGAAGAGGGCCACGGCACGCACACGUCGUCGACCGCGGGCGGGAGCCCCGUGGCAGGCGCGUCUUUCUUCGGCUACGGGCUUGGCACGGCGCGCGGGGUGGCCCCUCGCGCUCACUUGGCCAUGUACAAGGUCAUCUUUGGAAACUUCCGCUACGCGUCCGACGUGCUGGCCGGCAUGGACGCGGCCAUCGCGGACGGAGUCGACGUCAUAUCCAUCUCCAUGGGCUUCGACGGCGUUCCGCUGUACGAGGACCCCGUGGCCAUCGCCGCUUUCGCCGCCAUGGAGCGCGGCAUCGUUGUGUCGGCCUCGGCAGGGAAUGAGGGCCCGCGGCCCGGCCGCCUGCACAACGGCAUCCCAUGGCUGCUCACCGUCGCCGCUGGCACCGUGGAUCGCAAAAUGUACUCCGGCACCGUCUCUUAUGGCAACGCGACGCAAGGCACGCAGGGCAGCAUAGCCGGUGUCACGACGUACCCCGCAAACGCAUGGGUGGUGGACAUGCCGUUGGUGUACGACGACGCCAUCUCAGCGUGCAACUUGUCGUCGCUGGCGAAUUUGACGAGGAGCAUAGUCGUGUGCCGCGACAAUGGGCGUGUCUUCGGUCAGGUGAUCGCCGCGAACGAGGCCGGUGUCGCCGCGGCCAUCUUCAUCACAGACGACGACUUCGGCGAGGGCACCACCAUGCCCAUGCCGGCCAUUUUUAUCAGCCCGGAAGAUGCGCCGGCGCUGCUGAGCUAUAUCAACUCCACCAAGAUUCCGACGGCGACCAUGAAGUUCCAGCAGACGAUCCUUGGUACACGGCCGGCACCGGUGGUGACGCCGUACUCCUCACGCGGACCGUCGCCGAGCUACCCUGGCGUGCUCAAGCCAGACAUACUGGCACCGGGGGACAGCAUACUCGCGUCGUGGGCGCCACUGUCUUCGCAGGGGCUGAUAGGCCAUACCGAGCUAGGCAGCGACUUCCUCGUCGCGUCCGGGACGUCCAUGUCGUGCCCGCACGCCGCUGGCGUGGCGGCUCUGCUGCGCUCUGUGCACACCGGCUGGAGCCCGGCCAUGAUCAAGUCUGCGAUGAUGACCACCGCGAUCACCAAGGACAACACGUUCCGCCCCAUCACCGACGCCGGCAGCCUCUACAGAGGCAACGGCACCAUCACGGCGGCGAGUCCGUUGGCCAUGGGCUCCGGGCACGUGAGCCCCAACUCGGCCAUGGACCCGGGGCUAGUGUACGACGCCGGGCCGAAUGACUUCGUGGCGCUGCUCUGCGCCGCGAACUACACCAGCGCCCAGAUCGCGGCCAUCACGAGAUCGUCGAUGGCGUACAACUGCUCCUCCAUCGCGUCGAACGACGUGAACUACCCAUCCUUCGUCGCGACCUUCGCCCCCAACGCCACCUCCGGGGAGAUGCGCUUCACCAGGACGGUGACCAGCGUCACUGCUGGCCCAUCGACGUACCGCGCGUCCUGGGUUUCGCCAAGCAACGUCGUGGUGGCCGUGACGCCGCCGUCAAUGGAGUUCGGUGGCGCGGGGCAGAAGGCCACGUUCCAGGUGGACAUCAAGCUCACCGCCCCUAAUGUAGGAGGCGAGCCCGUGUACGGGGCCGUGGUUUGGACCGACGCGAGCGGCAUGUACCGGGUGAGGACUCCGUACGUCGUGCUCUAA